UCUUUGAACGAACCUUUGGCUCUACCUAAUCAACAAGAAUGUAAUUUUAAUCUAGAUAGAACAGAAUUUCUUCUAUUUCUUUCUUCUCUUUUAUAUAAUCGAGAUGACAAGAUGGUUCAUAAUGCACACGAAACACUCUCUAAUUUAAAUUUAAAGAAAAAGAUUCCAACUGAUAAAGAUUUACAGACUAUCUUAAAACUUCUUCAUGAUAGUGAAAACUCAAUAAGAGAACAGAUUGAUCAAUUUGAUCUUAAAUUUACUUCUAUAUCUGAGUUGAACCAUCUUGGUGGUUGCUACGCUGGCAUGUUUUGGUCCGAGAAAGAUAACUUUAUUGUUGUGGCAUUUCGAGGAACUACUACAACUAGUUUUGCUCAAAUGUUAACUGACAUAAGUUUUCAACGUAUGGAUGCAAGACGAUACCUUUUUGGUAAAGUUCACGAAGGUUAUUAUAAAUCACUUUUUGAAACUAAUAAUUCAAAACAUUGUGCCGCAAUAAGAAUGGCAAAUACUAUUCGAAUUAAAGUUGCAGAAAUUAAUCAAAAGAAUAAUUUACCAGUAAAUUUAUGGAUUACAGGACAUUCUAUAGGUGGUGCAUUUGCUACAUUAUUUUAUUCUUGGUUAAUGAAAUCACCUACAAAUUUAGAUGAAAAUUGUAUUUUACGUGAUGCUUUCACUUUCGCAAGUCCUGCUUGUGUUGAUAAUGAAUUCGCUACACAAUUUUCUUUAUUAUCUAAUGAUCCUUUAAAUUAUGGUAAAAAUUUAUGGAGAAUUAUUACAGAUAAUGAUAUAAUUCCUAGAAUACCUCCUACAUUUGAUAAUCAACUCUUAAGACGUUUUACAAGAAGAAUUAAUGUUUUAAAUAAUUCUCAUAUUGGAAAUGAAGUUCGAUUUUUCCAUGAUGGUAGAAAACCUAUAUCAAAACAACAACAUUUAUUCAGAAAUAAUGAAUUAUUAAAACAUGGAUUAAAAUUAAAUGAAUUUAAUACUAUAAUGGAAAUUAGUGAUUCUUUAAAUCUUCAAAAUCUUAUUUCAAGACCACAAAGAAGAUUAGAAUUUGUUGAAAAAUCUAUUCCUGAUUGUUUCUUAAAUCAUAAAUCUUAUAGAUAUUUUGAG